CCGCUGGUGCAGCUGGGGUGUGCCCUGGCCCGCCGGUCGGGAGGUUGGGCGAGAGGCCUGGGAGGCUGUCGGGCGGAGGACCGGCCGACUUGGCCUGGCUGGCCCAGUAGGGAAGGACUGUGGCAGGGAGCGCGGGAAGGUGGCGAAAGACGCGCAGGGCCGCGAACGCGGACGUGGUUCCGCCUGCGGGAGGACUGGAAUGGUGGUCGGGGUGCGAUCCCUCUUCUGGGCUGGCUCUGUGGCAGCCAUUGAGUUGCCCACCCCGGAGCCCUGAGUUCGCACUUGGCGGGCCCAGGGCUAACUUGCCUGUUUCAUCAGCGAAUGCCUUCCCGAGGGCGGUGCUGGGUGCAGCUCACGUUUCUUUGCAGAUACCAUUUCGAUCUUGUCCAACAAAAUAACUGAACACUACGUGUCCUUUUUUUUUUUUUUUUUUUUUUUUUUUUUGAUGUGCAGGAUAAAUGCUGAAAAUAGGACAGUGUUUAGUCACUGUAUACUCUGCUAUCAUGUGCGGAAUAGCACAGGUGUUAAAAUUAUUGUCAUUUCUAGUUUUUCAGGUUGUUACAGCAGAUCACCAAAUUUCCUGAAAGAAAUUAAUUUCUUACAAAGACAGUGUGUGGUUUGUUAAUCCAGAGGAAAUUGUUCGGAAUUUUAGCUAAUAACAUCUGAUUAUAAGGUGUCACAAAAAAGUGAUACCUUAGCAGGAGUCCCCAAUUUAUCAGUGGAUUUUAAUUUCACAAGUGCAUUUAUAGGUCGCCUCUUUAAAGUAUUUUCUAUAAAAGCAUGAUACAAAUGGAGGGUAAAAUAUUGUUAUGUUCCUUAUCUAUAUAUACAGAGUCUGCUAAAAAUAUGUGUACAUAUGUAAGGAAGAGAAAAAGUUGUAACUUAGCUAUGGUGGUGCACACAUCUUAAUCCCAGCGUUCUGGAGGCUGAAGCAGGAGGAUCAUUGCAAGUUCGAGACCAACCUGGGCUACAAAGGGAGCUGGAGACUAGCCUGAACAACAUAGUGAGACCUUGUCUCAAAAAGACAAAAGGCCAAACAACAACAACAACAACAAAAAGAACCCUUGGGAGGUUCAAGCUAGCCUUGGAAACACUUUGUAGCCUAGGCUGGUCUCAAAUUUGCAACAAUCUGCCUACUUAAACUUUCCAAGUGCUGGGAUUACAGAACUGUGCCACUGCACCCAGCUCUAAGAGGCAGAUUCUUUAAAAAAAAAAAAAAAUUGUUCCAAAAGCUGUACCUGCUGCCAACUACCUAUGGCCCCAGGUGUUUUGGAGGCUGAGGCAGGAGAAUUAUUUGAUGGCAGGAGUUUGAGACCAGACUGGGAAACAUAGCAGGACCUUUUAUGAAAAAUAAAGCAAAACAAAACAAAUAAAACAAGUUUACAAAAAAAAAAAACGCACUUGGUUGAAUAUUUUAUUAAUAGUUAAUUUAUUGAGGCAUCAUAAGAUUAAUACGUUACGUUUGGUCUCUACAACAAGUACCCAAAGUGGUGCUUAUUAGUUUCCUGACAUUUAUUAGUACAUUGAACUGCUGCUGCAUGGGUCACCUUGGUCGCUAAGACUGCUGCCCAUGCAUUUUCAAUUUCUUCUCUAAGGGCCAGCAGUGUAGUGGGUUAGGGUAGCAGUGUAGUGUCCUGCGAUACAGGACAUCCUUUAGGGUCCUCCACAGAUAAAGUAUUAAAAUACUGAUAAAAGUUUUUCUAAAAUGUGUGUACCUUUUUUGGGCAGAUUUUCUCUGUAUAUAUUUAUUUCAAGGCUAAUCAUUACCGAGCAGGUAGAGGAUGAUCUUAUUGAUAUACAAUUACCUGAGGUAGGCAGACAGGGGCACUUAGAGAAAAUCUUUAUUUUUGGUGAAUUGAUAAGUCUUCCUGGGCAAUUAGGGAAGAUUCUGGAGGAGCAGGGAUAACACCCUUAUAUGUAAGAGUCAUAGUCAUUGAGACACAGGCGAAGAAGGAUGAAUCCAGGUGGGGAUAUAUUCACUCAAUUUAGGAUCAGCCACUCCUCCAGCUCAGGGCUGGAGACAGCGAUCAACAUAGGUCAGUCCCAAAAGCCAAGUGUAGUAGUGCACCCCUGGAGUCCAAGCAUUGGGGGGACUGAGGCAGGAGGAUUGCCACAAGUUUGAGGCCAGCCUGGAGUAUAUAGUGAAUUCAAGGCCAGCCUGAACUAUGUAGUGAGACUGUCUCAACACACAUGCAAACAUUGGUCAGUCACAGUGUUUUCCUUAACAACUCCAUAUUUUUGGCAAAUUUCUGUAAACUUAUCCUUGAAUUCUGAAACCACACUUAGUCCUUGGUCAACUUCCUGUUGACAUUCUUGAAAUGAAAAUCUAGUCAGUAUAGACUGUGUCAAAUAUAUUAAAUAUAUUUGUCAUACUGAACAGUUUCAGUACAUUCUCCAUUUACAAUUGUACGGAAUUUAAAGGGUAAGGAAGAUUUUUGCCAAGGGAUAGGUGUUUUCUGUUUUUUCCUCUUAGUCAAAGGCCCCUAGGAUGCAAUACAACUCUGGAAUCUAACUCAUAUAGUGAGAGUACAGUGGUCAGGCACUCCUUAUUGCUAUGUUAUCUAGCAAGUAGAGGCCUAAGAAGGCAGAGUAGCCUUUGGAAAACAGUUCGUCCUGACUAAAAAGCUGUCUUUAUCCAUGCCAGGGACAGGGUAUAUGACUCUCAUCUUGGGUUGGGCCAGGAGACACCACUGGGGAGGGUGGAGGUUGGGUGUGCUAGAGAUGUGUAUUAUUUGGUUAUGGCUCAUGGCCUCUUUCUACCACCAAUUUUGGUAUUUUUGUUUUUUGGUUUCUUGGUUUUGUUUGUUUUUUAUAUAGUUCAGGCUGACUUUGGACUUUCUAUGUAGCCCAGAGUGGCCUCAAACUUGUGGUGAUAUUCCUGCUUCAGCCCCUGGGAUUACGGAGUUCUGAAUAAUACACACUUUGUAAAAUAUGGAUGAAAAACCUGAAAGAACUAAGCUAUGGGAAGGAGGCUAUGAGAGAACUUACUUAAUGUUGUUGGAGUACUUUGUAGAAGAGUAUUUUGAUCAAAAUCCUAUCAGUCAGUGCAGUUCAAGCUGGUCUUGGGCUCACUUUGUAGCCCAGGCUGGUCUCAACCAUGUAACAAUCGCCUGCCUCAGCCUCCCAAGUGCUGGGAUUACAGGAAUGCAACAUGUUUUCUUUAGUUUUGAAUUUUUAAUUUUUUUUUUUUUUACUUUUUACAUCUUUAUAUACAUCAUCUUUAAGGUAAUUUUUUCCCCCCGCAAGUACCUGGAUAGCAGUUCUAAACCAGGACUUACAUUAGGAGGCUAUUUUUGCCCACAGUGUUCAGCAAAGUACGGUGAGCUUCCUGUUGAAUGUAAAAUAUGUGGUCUUACUUUGGUCUCUGCUCCCCACUUGGUGUGGUCGUAUCAUCAUUUAUUUCCCUUGGAUGCUUUUCAAGAAAUUCCCCUAGAAGAAUAUAAAGGGGAAAGAUUUUGUUAUGGAUGUCAGGGGCAACUGAAGGACCAACAUGUCUAUGUGUGCACUGUGUGCCAGAAUGUAUUUUGUGUGGACUGUGAUGUUUUUGUUCAUGACUCUCUCCACUUUUGUCCUGGCUGCAUUCAUAAGAUUCCAAUUCCUUCAGGUAUUUGAUUCCAGUAUGAGUACACAUAAUGUGUCAAAAAGUGUUGGGCACACCCAUUAUCCCAGCACUCAGGAGGCUGAGGCAGCAAGAUCAUUGAGUUUGAGGCCAGCCUGGGUUACAUAGCAAGUUCAAGGCCACCAUGAACUACAUAGCAAGACUCUGUUUCAAAAAAAAAAAAAAAGAAAAAGAAAUAAAAGAUUUGAAACUAUAAGGUGAUUCUUUAGGGGAAACUCCAGUUAAAACAUGAAGAACAGUUUAAGAGAAAAAUCUGAUAUAAGAAACUUUUUUGUGGCUGGGUGUGUUGGCACACACCUGUAAUCCCAGCACUUGGGAAGCUGAGGCAGGAAGAUAGCUGUGAGUUUGAGGCCACCCUGAGCUGCAUAGUGAACUCAAGGCCAGCCUGAACUACACAGCAAGGAAAAAAAACUUGUUACAAAACUAUUAAGAUUUUGUUUCUUGUCAUAAAAUGCCUGAAAUUCAGUAGUAUUUCAUUCAACAAAUUUUAUAUUAUUUAGAGUCAUGUGUUCAAAGUCCUUGUGCAUUACUAUGUGCAAAUUAUAAUUGAAGUGCAUUAAAUGUUUGUGAUUUAUUUUAAUUCAUUAAUUUAGUGUAAGAAGACAUUAAGAAUACAUUGUAAGAGGUGGGAGUUAAGCUCAGAGGUGUUGAUGCCUGGUACCAAAACAACCAACUAAACAGACAAACAAAAAACACAUUGUAAGAUGGAAGUUAUAUAAUAAUUAUGAAAUGUUAACACUUAUGAAAUAAUGCACUUGCUGCAUCCUCCAGAAUGUUCUGUUUGGACUUAAAAUAUUUGGAGUUCAAUUAUAAAAUCUGAAGUGAAGUUCUCUGGCUGUGACCAACAGGAGGCUUUUAGGUUUAACACACCAACUCACAAGCCCACACCACCCUUGGCACCAAUUCACAAGAAAGAGAUAAAAGAGAACCACAGCCUGGAGCAGGGGCACAUCCCAUCCCGCCAUGGGGUCUGGACACAGCUUUGCAGGCAGGGGUCUCUUAACUGCGAGGCUGGCAUCUUCCCUCUUCGUGGUCACAGGGCUUCCAUGCUUAAACAAUAGUGGAAUUCCAGCAGUGGAAAAAGGUUUUGGCCUCUUUUAUGCACUGCAUUGAUUCCUUUUAAAAUACCAUACAGAAUGCAGGAUGUUGGAUGCCACCAUUUUGGUUGGUGGUUACCUGAGUCUUGCUUGUGUAGUUCAGGCAAAUGAAACCAAAGUUGAGAUAUCUUCUUCUUUGAACCUCAAUUAUUGUCUUCCAUUAUUCUGCGCUGGGUCACUAGGGAAAUUUAGCUGAGAAGAUCUGUUUUUUUGUUUUUGUUUUGGUACCGGAGCUCGAACUCAUGAUCAGGCACUUGCAAAGCAGAUGCCUAUGCCGCUGAGCUAAAUCCCUAGCUCCCAAAAUCUGUUUUUAGGUCCAGUGCAGCUUUAUUGUUGUAGAAUUCUUCAAGAUGUGCCCUGUUGAGAGUGAAUAAAGCUUCCAUUCCGCAACAAA